UAUUUAUUAGAAAGAGUUGGUACAUUUGGCAAAUACCAAAUAAUUGUAUUUAUAUCACUGUGUUAUUUUGGUAUACCAUCAGGCCUGAAUGCGAUCGCAUCGGUGUUUUUGUCAUAUACACCAGAGUACAGAUGUCUUAUGUACCCGUUCGACAACUCUUCUCUUUACCCAAAUCUAACCAAUGAAGAAUUGUUUAAUCUAACAACUCCACUCGACGACAAAAAUGAUCCAAUUGAUGCAUGUCGAAGGUACGGAUACGAUUUAACAGAAUGUUCUGGACCAAAUGAUUUUUCCUGUGUCAACAAAAAUUCGGCAGAAAAUUCACUAUGAUUCUCUCGUGUUAUGGCAUGCUCUUCUCGAUGCUUGGUGUUGCCUUUUGUAAUACGGUCGAACUCUUCUCAUUUACCCGAUUUCUCGUGGCAACAUUUGUAGUGGGAUGCAACGUUUCAAUAUUCUGCUAUAUUAUGGAAAUGGUCGGAAUCAAGUGGCGAACACUCGUUGGAAUAUCCUAUCAAAUGGCAUUUGCAAUUGGCUACAUGUUAUGGUCUGGGAUUGCAUAUCUUUAUCGAGAUUGGAAACAAAUGGAGCUGGGAGCUUUAGUUAUGAGUGCACCGUUUGCAAUCAUCGUUUUGAUUGUACCAGAGUCUGGUAGAUGGCUUUUCACAGCAGGAAAAGAGAAAAAGGGGGAAAAGGUUGUCACUAUUAUGGCAAGAUUGAACAAAGUUAAAUUGGACGAAAAUAUUUGGAGUGAAGCUGAAAAAUCCGCCCAACUGAGAGAGAAUGGCGAAACUGAUGACAGGAGUUACUCGACGAUAGAUUUGUUUAAACAUUCCAAAUUGAGAUUAGUUACGCUGAACGUUGGAUUUAACUGGGCAGUGAACAGCAUGGUGUAUUACGGAGUUUCGUUGAACGCUGGAGCUCUGGCAGGAGACAUAUUUCUCAAUAAUAUAUACGCUGGAAUGUUAGAAAUUGCAAGCUAUGUUGUAUGUGUCUGUACCAUGGAUUUUAUUGGGCGUCGUCUUCUGCUGACAAUUACAUUAACUGGAGCAGGAGUGGCUUUAUUAGUCAGUACAAUUGUCAAUGCAUUUGCAGAUGGAAAUGAAAGUAAUUUUUAUGCAUUAUUGUAG